UGUGGUGAUCUUUCCUUUAUAAUCAGCUGUAAACGCAUUAUGUUAUGUGUGUGUGUUACGUGUGAAUUCUCACACGUUUUAAAGGGUAUUUAUUUGUUGGAGCCAUGAGCCACCUCUGUCCUUAAAUUUUAAAACCCCAAACCCUCAUAUUAUUAUUAAGAGCAGUUUUAUUUAGUUAGUUCCGUCACAUGCACUUUAUUUUAAAUUAAAACAGCUAUCGCCCUUUUAUUAAUUAGUGUAUAUGUAGACUGGACAUUCUAUGUUGGAUGUUUUAUGUUGAUACUAGUAACACAACAGUAAAUCAGUGUGUGUGGGUGUGUUGAGACACUAAUUAAUCGCACUGAUCCUUGCAUAACUAGACAAACCUGUUUAAACGUUUGCUGAAGGUGAGACAAAACGUUAAAAUCAAUAAAUAAAAAUUAAAUUAAAAGAAGGGUGCAAAGCUAGGAAAUGAAGAUAUAUUUAAAAUAAUUACCAAAUACCAAAUAAUUUAAUUGCUGUGUUACGAAUUUUUAUUGUUUAUUCCUUUCCUGAUGCCAAAAUCAUACUAUCUUAUUAUUAUCCAGUAGUAGAGGAUUAUUAUUAUUAUUAUUGUUAUUAUUAUUAUUAUUACCUGCAAGCGUAUAUUUUACACAAGAAAAAAUAUACUUCCGUAAUUCUGGCCAUGUGACCAAAUCACGUGAUGAGCCAUCAGCUGAUUGGUCAGUCGUGUUGCAAUGAAGUUUUGUUCUGAAGUUGUGCAGUAUUGAUUCCGCAAGUGCGGAUUAAACGGAACAAACCGGAGUAUUACAUCUGUGUUUAAAACCAUGCAACGUUAAUUAGAGAUUAUUAGGUGUUAUAUGAUGAUUGUAGGAUAGUUUCAGUGCGUUCAGACAGAAGCGGAAGUGUGUGUGUGCAGAAGAGUUGAAGUUGAAGAGUUGAAAUGAUGAAGGUGUUCAUCAUUUCGCUGUGUGUGUGGUGUGUGUUUGUACUGUUUGUGCAUUGUCAAUCUCCUCCUCAUGUGGUGUUUAUACUGGCUGAUGAUAUGGGCUUUAAUGAUGUGGGGUAUCAUGGAUCUGAGAUUAAAACUCCCGUCCUGGACCGGCUCAGUGCCGCCGGGGUCCGACUGGAGAACUACUACGUCCAGCCGCUGUGCACUCCAUCCAGGAACCAGCUACUGACAGGGAGAUACCAGAUCCACACAGGGAUGCAGCAUCAGAUUAUCUGGCCGUGUCAGCCAUACUGUGUUCCUCUGGAGGAGAAGCUGCUGCCGGAGCUAAUGGUGGAGGCAGGUUACUCCACCCACAUGGUGGGCAAAUGGCACCUGGGCAUGUACCGGAGGGAGUGUCUGCCCACCCGCCGAGGCUUCCACUCCUACUUUGGUUAUUUGACAGGAUCAGAGGAUUAUUACACUCAUGAGCGCUGUAGCUCCAUCACACCACUGAAUGUCACUCGCUGCGCUCUGGACCUUAGAGACGGCGAGGACACGGCACCAUUGUACCGCGGAGUAUAUUCUACUGAACUCUUCACACACCGAGCAGUUAACCUCAUACUCAAACACAACACACACAUGCCUCUGUUCUUGUACGUAGCUCUGCAAGCAGUUCACGAUCCAUUACAGGUGCCCGAGCACUACACCGACCCCUACAGCUUCAUUAAGGACCCUUCACGCAGGCAUUAUGCAGGAAUGGUGUCGGCUAUGGAUGAAGCCGUAGGGAACAUCACUAGGGCGCUGCAGGAUGCAGGGAUUUGGAACAACACCAUCCUCAUCUUCUCCACAGAUAACGGGGGUCAGACACUGUCCGGGGGGAGUAACUGGCCCCUGCGUGGCAGGAAAUGGUCUCUUUGGGAGGGCGGAGUCAAAGGUGUGGCCUUUGUCACUGGACCACUGGUGGAACAACCCGGUACUGUGAGCAAAGAGCUUAUACACAUCUCUGACUGGCUGCCCACGCUGGUGGGUGUUGCGGGAGGAUCGACCAAUGGGACAAAGCCUUUAGAUGGGUUUAAUGUGUGGGACACUAUCAGCAAAGGAAAAGGCUCUCCAAGACAGGAAUUGUUACACAACAUUGAUCCGCUUUACAUCGACAUCGCUCCAUGUCCAGGAAAAGAUGCAGGAGCUCAACAGGAAAUGCUUGACUCAUUAAAGAGAGACUCGUUAAGGAGAAACUCAUUAAGGACAUUGUCAGAUUCUGUGCCACGCUUUAAUGUCUCCAUGCAUGCUGCUAUUCGCUACAAGAACUGGAAGCUCCUGACUGGAUAUCCUGGUUGUCCUGUGUGGUUCCCUCGUCCAGGUGAGAUGGUAGGUGGAGUCUCAGAUGAAGCUCCUCCCCUUAAGCAGGUGAUGUUGUUUGAUAUCGACGCUGAUCCACAAGAGAGAAAUGAAAUUUCCCAUCAGCACCCAGAAAUUGUGGACUUCCUGUUAAAGCGGUUAGAGCAGCUGCAGGAGGGGGCACAGCCCAUCACCUUCCCCCCCGACGACCCCCGCUGUGACCCUCAACACACCGGCGCCUGGGGGCCAUGGCAGUGACCUGACGACAGCUGUUAUUAAUGUUUAAUAUAAUUAUUAUUAUUAUUGUAAUUAUUCUCAUUAUUAUUAUUAUUAUUAUUAUUAUUAUUAUUAUUAUUAUUAGACCUACUGGGAUAAAUUUAUAGUAAUUUAUUUAGACAGCCAAAAAUAAAAAUACACAAAAUCAGUCAAUCAAACAUGAAUCUCAAUUAUGAUAAUGAACUUUACUGAGGAGACAGCAGUUACAAAUCAUUAAAUCAGGAUUUUUAUAAUAAAUCUGUUAUUUAGAUUAAUAAAGAACUUAUUUAAUGAUGAUAAUUUGAAUUAUUGAGGAAGAUGUGUGGGAGAUAUGGAAGUGAGUUCAUUCAGGAUUAUAGUGAGGAUGAAGAUUUUAGUAACUCAUGAGUCAUAUCUCUAAAUGAUUACUUUCUUUUGCCAUCCAUAUGAUUAUGACGACGAUUCAAUUAGAGGAAACCUGAGUCAGUAAGGAGCAGGGUUGGGAGGGUUACUUACUAAAAUGUAUUCUGUUACAGUUCAUUAAAAAAUUCAUCAGUAACGUAAUCCAAGUAUCACAAUAUGACAGUAAUUUAAUCUGAUUACUCUCUCAAGGUCACAUAUGUAAAUAAAGUCAUGAGAAAUGCAAUAUGAUCUAAAAGUUUUAUUUUAGAGCUUAAAAACAUGUUCAAUGUUUAGACUUUAAUACACUGAAAAAGACACACUAUUAGCAUCACAUAAAUAUAUAUCAAUAAAUUUGUUUUCACUCUG